AUGGUCUCUUACACAGCCACCAACAGUAACAAUAGUGACACAUUGGUGAAGCCAAUGUCGUCAUCUGCACAACCACCAUCUGGUAGGUAUGUGGAUCAUCAUCAAGAUCCAUUGGAGGACCUCAGAAAAUCCUUCUCUAAAAAACAAAUGGGUAGACCCUUGGGCUCUAAGAACAAGCCCAAAACAUGCACUAUUAUCGAGGAAGACACACAAAACUUUAUAGAGUGGGUAGGGCUUGAGAUCCCAAUAAGAGAAGAUAUUGUAGUGAAUAUAAUAAAAUACGAUCAACAACUUCAACAUAACAUAAUUGUUUCGGGGGUUUCGGUCUUAUCUCUAACUUACCAUUCUGGAUCCAGUAUCAUGUGA